AGGAAGCCAUUGUGAACAUGGACGGAAACCUAGACAUUUCCAUCGACAAGCUCCCCAUCAAACGCUUAGAAGUCAUCGAAGAAAAUGGCGUCGAGCGAUUCCCUUCAGACGUAGGGCACGAGGAGAAACGAGUAGACUUGAUAAGGAGAAUAGACUUCGCGUGGGCGGUGGAGAGAGAGGAGCCUUCCAGCAAGAAGCAGAAGAAGACUACUACUAGUAAGGAAACUCACAGCUCCGGUAAUCAGCCAUGGCAGUGGCAGAGUUUAGUGGAGAAUCUACAAUUAGCUCAUCAAGAGCUCUCCGUCAUUAUCGAUCUCAUCAACACCCUGGAGGCAAACAAUGAUGUAACAGUGGCUAGCAUGACCAGGCCGAAGCAGUUGCCUAAUGAGCUUCUGUCUGACCUUGCUGUAUCUACAGCUACCAAGCUACAGUGCUUCCGGCAUCUUGGCAGAUAUUUUAAGCAAUCUGCCAAAGCACUGGAGCAGCAGGUAGCUAGAGAAGCAAGAUUCUAUGGUGCGCUGAUUAGAUUGCAGCAAAAUUGGAAAGUUAAAAGACAUCGUGCGGUUGCUGCUGCCUCUGGAAAUGAGGGGUUCUACAUUGAUUUAUUUGAUAAUUCACUAAAUGAUCCAGCAGCAGCAUUUCGUCCAUCCUCAGUGUCUACUGUUCGUGUGGAGCAUGAUUCAGCUGGAAUGCUAGCCGUGAAUUUGCCUCCAAACUCUUGCCGUACUCUUCAGUUUGAGUUUCUUGGUGCACAUUCAAGCUAUAAUGCAAGAAGAUCAAGCAGAACGAAAGUACAAACCUUUAGUGCUGAUGGUUAUGAAGAAACUAAGAAAGAACAUCUUAAUGAUGAUAAAUGUGUAAGAGAAACGCAUGCGCUCCUCCGUGAAGUUCAUCUGGCCAUUUUUAAUGAGCAGGUAUUUGAGUUGGUUAAUCGUGAAGUAUUUAACCCAUCUAUAGGUGUCAAUGUGACUGGGAUACAAGAAAACUAUUUAAGAUUAAGCAUUGGUCAAGGAGCGUCUGUAUCUGUUUCACUUGUUCCAUCUGGUCAAGAUGAUCAAACAGUCAGCAUUACAGGCACUAACAAUCUAGAAACUGCAAUUAUAUCUAUGGAAUCAUUUGAAGAAGGGAGACGCAACUUUAAGAAGUCAGCAUUUGCAAAUCAGAUUAGUUUUGAAAUAUAUUUGCAACAACUUUUUCAUGAACACGUGUUUGUGAAAGCUAAACGUAGAGCUGCAUCUUCAAGUAGAAGUCAGGUACCUGGUCAGCCAGCGAAGGACAGCUUCAAUCUUCUGGGUCACUUCUGCUUGUCUCUAGCUCACAGGAUCUUCUCAAUCAGAGUUCUCACUGAGCUGGAAAAUCUGGUGCGUGGAAUCCCAUAUGUCCAUUUAAUGUCACAUCCCACUUGGCAUUCUCGGACAUCAUCUUGGACACUCUCCAUCAAUAUUCCCCAGCCAAUUUCACUUGCAGGAAACCAGGCUCAGGUAUCUGCCCUGACCGAUAUCAAGAGCCUAAAGUCUCAGUACUGGACUAAGGUGCUUGUCAAUGAUGACUGCAUUACUGUGGAAGGGGAAGGUGCUCCUAAGGUUGUUGGUCUCUUCAAGGGGAAGUCUGAGACAAUUUCUCCUAUGAAUAGAUAUAAUUGUGACUUGGCAGAUCUUCCUUUGAUACUCCUACAGCAGGUUGCCAGCCAAGUUAUUAGCUGGCUUCACGGUGAAGCCCUUACAGUGGGUAUUAAAGCAAACAGAGACUUCCUAUCCUUGUCAUUUGAGUUGGAUCAGGGCGAACUACUCAGUCUGGUGUCACACAUAGACCCUGAAGAUGCUGAAGGGUGCAUCUCGUGGUGGUUAGUGAUGGAAGAUGGAUUCACAGAGGAACACAAACUUCGUAUGGAUAUAUCUAGUAGUGAAUCAGAAACCAGGAAGUUCUUGGGACAUUUAUCUCUGGAUGUCCUAUAUUCUACUGUGUUUGAUUUGGUUGGCCUGUGUGGUGGUGGUGGGAUGCACUGAAACUCCUUGUUAUCAUGUAAAAAUAUGGAAUCAUGGAUGAUUGAUGCACAUACUAAUGCUGUGUAUGAGUGCGUUGAUAUUUUAGUGUCUACAAAAGUAAUGUUAGUUCAUACAUUUUAUGCUGCAA